AUGGGAACCGUUCUGUCUCUCUCUCCCAGCUACAGGAAGGCGUCCCUCUUCGAAGAUGGGCCAGCCACGGUGGGCCACUACACAGCUGUUCAGAAUAGCAAGAAUGCCAAAGACAAGAACCUGAAGCGUCACUCGCUCAUCAACGUUCUGCCAUGGAAGCGCAUCGUGGCAGUGUCAGCCAAGAAAAAGGGCUCCAAGAAGGUGCAGCCCAACACCACCUAUCAGAAUAAUGUGACCCAUCUCAACAAUGAGAACCUGAAGAAGUCUCAGUCCUGCGCCAACCUGUCCACUUUCACCCAGGACCAGAGCACCCCAGCCCUCGUCAAGAGCUCCAACAACGCUGUCUCGUCGGUCAAGAAGGCCCCCCUGACCAACUCCAAUGCGGCCCCCGGCACGCCCAAGAGGGUGAUCGUCCAGGCCUCCACCAGCGAGCUGCUGCGCUGCCUGGGUGAGUUCCUGUGCCGGCGCUGCUACAGACUAAAGCACAUGUGUCCCACCGACCCGGUCCUGUGGCUGCGGAGCGUGGACCGCUCGCUGCUCCUCCAGGGCUGGCAAGACCAGGGGUUCAUCACCCCGGCCAACGUGGUGUUUGUCUACAUGCUGUGCCGCGAUGUGGUCUCCUCUGAGGUGGCAAACGAACAUGAGCUGCAGGCCGUGCUGCUCACCUGCCUCUACCUGUCCUACUCCUACAUGGGCAACGAGAUCUCCUACCCACUGAAACCCUUCCUGGUGGAGAGCUCCAGGGACAUCUUCUGGGACCGCUGCCUGUCCAUCAUCAACCUGAUGAGCGCUAAGAUGCUUCAGAUCAACUCGGACCCGCACUACUUCACCCAGGUGUUUGCCGACCUGAAGAACGAAAGCCAGAAGGAGGAGGAGAGGAGCCGCUUGCUCAUUGGUCUGGACCGGUGA